AUGGUUCUCUCUCAAAAGAAGCCAAUGAUGCCAGUCCACAGCAAGUUGGAAACAAUUCUGGGUGUGGACAAAAGAGCAUUGUCAAUUUUUAGAUUUUUUAUAGGAAUAAUUGGAAUAAUCGAUUUGCUUGAAAGAUGGCCCGACAUCAAAGCUCAUUAUUCUGAUGAGGGUUUAUUACCAAGAUCUAUUGUUGUGGAUAACUUCUGGAAUACCAAUUGGUUCUCGAUUCAUUUGAUCAGUGGUACCGUAGGUUUUAUCCAGCUCACCUUUAUAGUUAAUAUUAUUAUUUGUUUCUUAGUUUCGAUUGGUUAUCGAACAAGAUUAAAUAUGAUUCUUCAUUGGGCAUUUAUUAUCUCCUUACAAUCUCGUAAUAAUAUUGUAGGUCAUGGUGGUGAUGUCUAUAUGAGAGUCAUGAGUUUCUUUGCUAUCUUUUUGCCAUGUGGUGCAGUAUGGUCAGUUGAUAGUGCCCUGAAAAAACCAGUUUUACGUAGAGAACAUAAAAAAUUCAAUGUAGUUAAUUUUGCAUCAAUCGCAAUUUUAUUACAAAUUUCAUUCUUAACUAGUUUUGCAGAGAUGGCUCUAAAUUUCCCGGGUUGUUUGAAGAUCCUUACAUAUGCUGUAUUAAAGUAUGAGGGUUUCGGUAUGUUGCUUUGUAUUUCUCCAUUCUGGACCGGUCCCGUAAAAACCUUUGGUGCACUAGGAUUCUUUAUGAUGCACAUUGGUUUUGGAAUGUUUAUGAGACUUGGUAUUUUCAGUCCGGUCUGUGCUACUGGUUCUCUCCUCUUGUUCCCAUCGUGGAUUUGGGACAAGGUAUUCGAUCGUCUCAGAACCAAAGAGAGAUGUGACUUCCAAUUGUUCUACAAUGGAAAGUACGGAUAUUAUAUUGCUGGUUUGGUAUCGUCGUUCCUGUUGCUGCCGGAUAUCGAGGUGGCUCCUGCUCCACUGACCUUUGACGAGGAGUCACACCAAGAUGGAAUCAUGAAAGAGGAUCCAAUCAAUCAGAAUACCAAUUGGAUCAUCACCCGUGAUCACAAGGGAAUCCGUCACACUGGAUACCGUGCAUUCGUAUCGAUACUUCGUGCAUCGCCAUUGAUGAAUCCAUUGGUCAGAGUAGCAGAGAUGCGUGUCGUCCAAAACUAUGGAAAGAAGACAAUGGAUUUCUUUGAGAGAAUGACAAUCAAGAUCAACGAUGACAUCCUCGUAAACAAACCAACCUCACCAUUCUUGACAUACUACAAUCACAGCUCUGAGAACUCAUACACUGUCUCUGGAACUGAUAUCUCUAGUCCAGCACCACCCGAUGAAGCUACCACCCACUACUUUAGACGUCUCAACAGAAAAGUACGUUUCCUAAAGAUGACAAAGCGUGCUCUCUUGAAUGUCACCGCACUAUCCUGUAUUCUCCUGGCACUCACUUGGAAUUGCUCUACUGCAGACAUCGGAAUCCCCAUUGCCCUUCCACAGAAUCUAAAUUGGUUGGUAUUCUUUGUGAGAGUUGACCAGAUGUGGUCGAUGUUUUCACCACGUCCACCUUCAAUUCAUUGGUGGUACACCUUCGAAGCAGAGCUAGAUGACGGGCAACAGACGGAACUCUGGGCAAACGACGGUCUUUUCACACUCGAAGGUAAUCCCGCUCCAUACUCUCGAGAUAAACCUUAUCCCUAUGCUUCGUGUAUCGGUAACCACAGAUGGUUCAAAGUCUACGAAAACUUGAACACCGGUUCCGGCUAUGAAUUGAUUCGUCUCGGUAUGGGUAGAUGGAUCUGUCGUGAGUGGAAUCUAAAGCAUACUGGACCAAAGAGACUGCACAAGUUCAACAUUGUAUAUAGAAAUGAAAAACAGAAUCUCGAUAACACCAGAACUCUGCUAAACGAUGUAAUCCUCUGGAGUCAUGUUUGCUAUGAGAAACCUGCUCCUGUGCCUGAUCCAGCUCAACAACAAGCAGAGCUACUACAAAAACAACAGCUUGAACAACAACAAUUAUUAUUACAACAACAACAGCAACAACAAUUAGAACAACAACAAUUGUUGGAACAACAACGACAACUUGAUCUACAACAUCAACAACAGCAACUACUUCAACAACAACAACAACAACAAUUCGCUCAACAACAAUUACAACAACAGCAACAACAACUUGCUCAACAACAACAAUAA